CCCUGCUUCCCGCUGUGUCCCUGGGGCAGCACAUACCCACAGAGAAGCAGCAGAAGGCACCUUCUCCAGGAAGACAGGAUUGCAUUGCAAAGCAUCCCAGAAGAAUUCUCUACUGAUUUGCUGGAACAUUCUGGUGACUGACUGUAACACUGAGAACUUGCAGGAGGAAUGCACUGUUACCCCCACAUCAAAGAUGAGAAUCCUGAUGUACAGAGACAUAGCCUGUCUUACCCAUGGUCACACAUCUAGAAAUUUGAAGUACUGCCUUGUGAUUCUUAAUCAGCCUUUGGACAAAUGUUUUCGUCAUCUUUGGAAAAAGGCUCUUCUAAGGGCCUGUGCUGAUGGAGGUGCCAACCGCUUAUAUGAUCUCACCGAAGGGGAGAGAGAAAGCUUUCUGCCUGAAUUCAUCAGUGGGGACUUUGAUUCAAUUAGACUGGAAGUCAAAGAGUACUACAGUGUGAAGGGUUGUGAGCUUAUUUCAACUCCUGACCAAGACGACACUGACUUCACCAAAUGCCUUAAAGUGCUCCAAAAGAAGAUAGAAGAGAAAGGCCUGCAGGUUGAUCUGAUCGUGACCCUUGGAGGCCUUUCUGGGCGUUUUGACCAGAUCAUGGCGUCAGUGAAUACCCUGUACCAAGCCACUCAUAUCACUCCUGUGCCAACCAUAAUAAUCCAGGAUGAGUCCCUCAUCUGCCUUCUCCAGCCAGGAAAGCACCGCCUGCACGUAGACACAGGGUUGGAAGGCAGCUGGUGCGGCCUUAUUCCCGUUGGACAGCCUUGCAGCCGGGUGACCACAACUGGCCUGAAAUGGAACCUCACAAAUGGUGUGCUUGGCUUUGGAACGCUAGUCAGCACUUCUAAUACCUACGACGGGUCUGGGACUGUGACUGUGGAAACUGACCAUCCGCUCCUCUGGACCAUGGCCGUCAGAAGCUAACCUGUAACCUGACACCCAUCAUGUGCCUUUGUCUUACCUUAUCUGCCAGAGGUUUAGUGCUCAACAUGAACAGUUCACCUGGGUGGGCAGAAACCCAAACUUCUCCACAGGAAGUCCUAUGUUUUCAAAAUGUUAGGGGUUGAUGUGAAGCUCUGCAGCGGAGAUCUUGCCCCACAUAUGCAAGGCCUUGGGUUUAGUUUUCAGCAUCACAGAAAGAUAAAGAUGUUAGUAUUUAGAUGUUCCAAGUCAUACUACAAAUGAUAUGUUAAUUGUCUAGUGAGGAAAAUUAUGCUCAAUGAAAGUAAAUGAGCUCCAUUAUACUCAAUUGGAGAGUUAAUUUGGAUCAUUUCAUUAUAAAAAUCAGUUCUGAUUAUUUUUCUUUGAUUAAUCAUUCCAUUUAUCUUCAAAGCUAUUUUUUACUUUUGAAGCAGCAAAAUCUCUUGUCGAGACUGCCUUGGAGGCUAGCACUGCCUGGUAACAAGGGCCCACCUCUGUGUCUUCUAUCAUUGGAUUCCUCUGUAUAACACAUAUUAUCCUCCAGUGUGCUAAGCUAGAACGGCACCAGAUCACUCUGGCCUUAGCACUUCCAUACCAUCUUUGAAAGAUAAAUCAAGAAUCAUUGGUCUAAUUGUUAGAUUUGAAAAUAGGCACUUUUGUAGGCUGUGCAUUAAAGAUAAAGGAUUCAUGAUUUGCUACCCAGAUAUUACCCAACCCCCAACAUGAAAGAAAGUACUCUGAGAAAGACAGAGAUCCUCAUCAAAGCCCUGACUUAGAGCCAAAAGUUUUGUCCAGAGGAAUCUUAAUCUUGGACUACGAGUUCAUUGACAGCACAGGAAAAUGAGUGUGGCUACCGAGACAAAGAGCGUCAUGGACUGGAAAGGCCGUGCUUGAAGCCUGCUUCUCACCCUAGUCCACCACUUCCCUGGGUCCUGAACCCCUCCCUUAGCUGUACAAUAAAAAGGGUUGCACUGAUUGAGUGUGGGAAAGAACCACGGAUCGUAAUCGUAAGGCAGAUAACAGUUACCAACUUAGGCAGCAUAAAUAAGCACCCUGGUGCGGCAGACAGUAUUCAGUUUCUUUUAUGAGAUCCUCUGCCUAUCUUCUUCCACCCUCUCCCAUCCCAUUUGUUAAACCUCAGUCUUGCCAAACAAGCCAUGAGUUAAGGAGAACCUGCUCCACACGGACUUAUGUUGUGCCACUCUGUGGAGAAUGACCAUCUCUGUGGUGCUGCAGCAGUGUGACGCUUGCAUUGUAAAUAGAGAAAGAAAAGGAUCAGCGGAACCAGCAAGGAUUUCUGAACCGAUAAUCCUUAGAGUCAUUUUUAAGUAUUUUAUGCAAAUAUAUAUGAUAUUGAGUCUGGAUGUCAAAUAAAAAUGGUUAUCCAAGUGCA